GACCUUUCUCUCUCUAGUCUCUACUUAGACCCCCCACCAACUUUACAAAAGCCAGUUUCCUGGAAGUACCCCUUCUCAAAAUGCUAGGCGCCUAAUAUGUUCAUGCAUCUCCCUGGCUGCCCUUUCCUUCUUCGUAUAUAAACCACCCUUCCUUUCACUUCACCAUAUUCUUAUAGCUUUUAUACAGCUCACUCUAAAAGAACAGAAACAAAACAAAAAAGAAAAAAAAAGAAGAAGGAAACUCUGUUCUGCUGAUCUCUCUUUGGUAACUAACUGGAGAUGGAAGCAAUGAAUCGGUGUUCAUCUUCUACAUCAUCAUCUGAUACAUCUUCUUCAGAGUCAUCUUUAUCUGCGAGGGCUUCGAACAAAGCUGAGAAGAUCAAAGGUCCUUGGAGUGCGGAGGAAGAUAGGAUUUUGACUCGGCUUGUUGAAAGAUAUGGAGCCAGGAACUGGUCUUUGAUAAGCCGAUAUAUAAAGGGUCGAUCGGGGAAAUCUUGCAGGCUUAGAUGGUGUAACCAGCUGAGCCCCAGUGUUGAGCACCGUCCGUUUUCUCCGGCUGAGGAUGAGACCAUCUUGGCUGCUCACGCUAGGUAUGGUAACAGGUGGGCCACCAUUGCCAAAUUGCUUCCUGGGAGGACUGACAAUGCUGUGAAGAAUCAUUGGAACUCGACGUUGAAGAGGAGGGCAAGAGGAGGACAACAGCAGCAGCAACAAGAACAGCAACAGCAACUGCAACUGCUGCUAAAUCAAGAGGAACAGAUCGUACAGAGCCAUCACCAAAUGGAGGGUGGUGAUAAUGCAUUCGGAUCUGUGGGGAUGAUGAUGGAUGAGGAAGCGUUGACGGCGUUGACUCUAGCCCCGCCUGGUAGUGGUGUUCCGAGCGGAAGUGCGGUGGUGGUGGCGGAGAGGAGGAGUAGAGACGAGAGAGUGCCGGCGGAGUUUUGGGAUGUGAUGAGAGAUGUGAUAGCAAGAGAAGUAAGAGAGUAUAUGACCACAACGUUAUCAGCUGAGACUCCAGGGUUCCCAUUAAGAUAAAAACAAUAAAAAAAAAAUGGCUAAGCCAAUCUGUUUUCUGGUU